AUGAAUCGAGCAGGCUCAUCAAAUCAUGCGCAGAAUACGAAUAUAGACUCAUCCCAGGUCCCAGUGGAAGUUUUGGAAUCGCUCAGAAAUAAGUUGAAUCAAGUCCAUUUGUCGUUGAGAAAAUUAUCUGAUCAGGUCAAUCAUAGUAGAUACAACAACAAAAACAGCUUGCCAAAUCAUGUUCCGUUUCAAGUUUUAAUCACCCAAUUGCAUUCCAUCAGUUCAAUCCUAGAUAAUACAGGAGAAGUGCUAAAAAGAACUAAUGUCUAUCCGUUACCGUCGUUUCCUACAACUCAACAGGAAGGACUCGUCACUACAUUGUUGAGAAAAAAACUACUUCCGGAAGUGGAAGAUUGGUUAGAUAGAGCCAUUGAGGAAAGCGAAAAGGGAGGUGUAAGCAUACAAAAAGACGAUGAGUUCUCUCAGUGGUGUGCUUCGACAGUUCAGGAACUUAGAGAUGAAUUUCAAUUUUAUGGAUUCCACACUGCUGAAGAAUUGGAUUAUUUAGAGACAGAAGAAGGAAAGAAAGAAACGCAUGAAGCUAAUGAGAAAGAAAGACAGAGGGAGGAACUAGAAUCUAGUAUUACGGGGAAUAAGCGACCACUUCAUCCUAAUCAAGUCUUGAAAUUCAUGUAUCGAGGCGUUUUAAAGUAA